UUUUUCUACUUUUUCAAAACAGCCCCCACUGUCUUCCCUUCCUCUCAGCACUCAUCUCCGCCUCCUGUUCCACCCGCCGCCGCCUCCACACCGCCUUCACUCUCGAGUUUGCCGGAGCCCUCCGGACGUUGAAUUUAUUCAGGGCGAGCCUUGUCGGGCAGAGCAAGAGCAGGAGAGCAUGGAGGUGGCGCCAAUUCCGGCCGACACUUACAAGUUAGGCUUUAUCGGGGCGGGCAAGAUGGCAGAGAGCAUAGCGAGAGGGGCGGUCCAGUCGGGCAUCCUCCCGCCUUCCAGGAUCUGCACCGCCGCACACUCCAACCCCGCACGCGGCCCGGCCUUCGAGUCCUUCGGCGUCACCGUCCUCCCCGACAAUCGCGCUGUGGUGAAAGAUAGCGAUGUGGUCAUCUUCUCUGUGAAGCCCCAAGUCGCUAAAGAUGUGAUCUUGCAGUUGAAGCCGCAGCUGUCCAAGAAGCAGCUUUUGGUUUCAGUAGCUGCUGGGGUAAAAUUGAAAGACCUUCAGGAAUGGGCUGGUCAUGAGCGAUUCAUCAGGGUGAUGCCGAACACUCCUGCUGCAGUGGGCGAGGCAGCGUCGGCCAUGAGCCUUGGAGGUGCGGCAACAGAACAGGAUGGACAGCUAAUCGCAACUCUAUUUGGAUCAAUCGGCAAAAUCUGGAAAGCUGAUGAAAAGUGUUUUGAUGCAAUCACUGGCUUGAGCGGGAGUGGUCCAGCAUACAUCUUUUUGGCCAUAGAAGCUCUGGCUGAUGGAGGAGUGGCUGCCGGCCUACCUCGAGAACUCGCAUUAAGUUUAGCUUCUCAAACAGUACUCGGAGCAGCAGCUAUGGCCUCCAAAAGUGGUAAGCACCCGGGCCAGCUCAAGGAUGAUGUGGCAUCGCCCGGGGGCACUACCAUUGCUGGAAUCCAUGAACUAGAGAAGUCUGGGUUCCGUGGAAUACUGAUGAACGCAGUUGUUGCAGCUACUAAGCGCAGCAAAGAACUUUCACCAAGCUAAUCAUCGCAUCCUCUUCUCGCCUUGGAGGACUAGGUGCCAUAUAUUUUUGUUCAGUUCCCAUGAUCGGAAAGGCAGAGAUAUUGCAGUCUGGUGCCGUAUUCUUUUCUCGGAAUUCCUCAGAUUCUGAUGCGGCUGACGAUAAUCAAAGUUUUGUACAUGUGAGAACCGCAAAUUUUGCAUCAGCCCAUUGAUUGAAGUAUUUAUCAUUUCUUUUACUGAUUAUCAA